GCAUGAUGCCUAAAACGCCGUUACUGCUGUUGCAGAUGCUGCCGUGGUUCCUCGUCGGAAUGUCGGAGAGGGACAAUGGAUGCCUCUUUUUCGUCGUCGAUGCGCAACCUUGCAGAAAUGCAAGCUUGGAGUGCGCAUUUUCCGGACUCGCUGCCACGGGUGUGACGUCACCAGCGACCAGUCUACAAAAGGAGCAACGCGAGAACAUCGGCUUCAGAGGGCAUGGCACUUGGCUGACAAGCAUGAUGCCUAAAACGCCGUUACUGCUGUUGCAGAUGCUGCCGUGGUUCCUCGUCGGAAUGUCGGAGAGGGACAAUGGAUGCCUCUUUUUCGUCGUCGAUGCGCAACCUUGCAGAAAUGCAAGCUUGGAGUGCGCAUUUUCCGGACUCGCUGCCACGGGUGUGACGUCACCAGCGACCAGUCUACAAAAGGAGCAACGCGAGAACAUCGGCUUCAGAGGGCAUGGCACUUGGCUGACAAGCAUGAUGCCUAAAACGCCGUUACUGCUGUUGCAGAUGCUGCCGUGGUUCCUCGUCGGAAUGUCGGAGAGGGACAAUGGAUGCCUCUUUUUCGUCGUCGAUGCGCAACCUUGCAGAAAUGCAAGCUUGGAGUGCGCAUUUUCCGGACUCGCUGCCACGGGUGUGACGUCACCAGCGACCAGUCUACAAAAGGAGCAACGCGAGAACAUCGGCUUCAGAGGGCAUGGCACUUGGCUGACAAGCAUGAUGCCUAAAACGCCGUUACUGCUGUUGCAGGUUAGUUACUACUCUACGUAUCGCAGUGAUAAUAGAUGCUUGUUCGUCCUGCCAUGCCCUCGUAGAUGUUGUGCUAUUUUGGUGGAUUGCUGGUCAAUACUGCUGUUGCUGCUGAUGGCCGGGGAUGUUGAGGAAAAUCCAGGCCCAAAAACUGCUGAAAUCUUGCAGGAAAUUCUGGGAAAUCAAAAUGCAUUGGAUCGCAAGAUAGAUGAUAUCAAGAAAGAAAUUGCAGAAGUGAAUGCUAAAACUGAUAAGAUGCAAAGUGUGCUAGCCAUGUUCGACGAAAUGAAAACUAGAAUAGAUAAAUUGGAGACCACCGUACGAAAACAGUCUGAAAAGUUAAUCGAUUAUGAAAAUAGAAGCAGACGAAAUAAUCUUGUGGUGUUUGGUCUUACUGAAAGCGCGAACGAGUCUGCACAAGUGUUAAAUAAACGCGUUGUAAAUGACAUUUUUUCUAAAGUUCUUGGCAUAGAAAUCACUACAGUGGAAAGAAUUCACCGGAUUGGCAAAGUAAAUCCUGAUAGACCAAGGCCUGUGAUCUUGAAAUUUUAUGACUACAAGGAAAAGAAUACCAUCCUCAAAAGCUGCGCAAAGCUAAAGGGAACUUCAAUCAGGAUAAGUAAUGACUAUGUGAAGGAAACUGUGCUGAUACGAAAGAAGUUAUGGGAAAGUGCUGCCUUGGACAGGGACGCAGGCGCAAAAGUAGUUCUUGUGCACGAUAAACUUCGGAUAAACGAUCAGUUAUACGCAUGGGAUGACGUCAGAAACAAGCGCUACUUGCUCUCGGGCAAACGUGAUACUGAUCAAAUGAAGCGAAGUGAGCGUGUUGUAUCAAGUAAGUCAAAUGGAUCUGAUAGCUCAUGCAGCUCAUUUGAGACACCAAAAAAAUAGCUAAGAUUGCUCUC